CAAUUGAAGGAUAUGUCCUCUAAAUUGAAGAAAGAUCCAGAAUACAGUACUCAUCAGGGAGAGCUUGAGUAUAAUCGCCCUAAAAACCGAUAUAAAGAUAUUGUGCCAUUUGACUAUAAUCGUAUCACUCUUCCAUCAUUGGCUGGUAAACCUGGCUCAGACUACAUCAAUGGAAACUACAUUAAGGGACCAGAUGGGAAGACUCAUUACCUGGCUCUACAAGGUCCUUUGCCAAGAACAGUUGAUGAUUUCUGGAGAGUGAUAGCAUCUCACAAAUGCCAGAUUGUGAUAAUGGUAUGCAGAGAAAUUGAGAUGGGGAAGCUAAAAUGUAAAAGAUAUUGGCCAGAAAGCACAGAUGAGGUACUCAAUUUCGCUGGCUUGGAAAUAUCAUUGAUUUCUACAGAGGAUAUUGCAGAAGGGUUUAUCAUGAGAACAAUGAAUAUGAAAUCUGGCAAGGAAGAAAUGAUGGUGACACAGUUGCAAUAUACGGCUUGGCCUGAUCAUGAUGUCCCACGAUCUGCAACACCCCUCAUAGAAUUGAACAAAACCCUCAGGGCUGUACAAGGAAAUAGAAAACAACAGUUAUUAGUCCACUGCAGUGCUGGUUGUGGUAGAACAGGAACAAUUUGUGCUGUGGAUUACGCAUGGUCUCUUCUUAAAAUGCAUAAGACGGCUAAUUUUAGUGUGUAUAACAUAGUAGCGGAUCUUAGAAGGCAAAGGAUGGCCAUGGUUCAGACAAAGGAGCAGUACGCACUGGUUUACAAAGCUGUUGUUCAACUCGUUCAAGAAGAAUUCGAUAGAGAGAGGAUGAAGUCUCACACGUAUGUCAAUGUGGAAUUACCUACUUCGCCUCAAUCACCUCCUGGGAAUGAAGAUUAUGAAAACUGUGAAUUCUUAAACAGUGUUAGUCGGUGGAGGCAGAGUGACGUCGAGAAUGGAUCGUCUCCAAAACCCUUGGUACCAUUGCCUUCGCCUAAAGAGACGAAAAGCAAUUCUAAGCCACAGCUGGCAAGUAAACCCAAUCUACCAAAACUUGACAGAGCUGCCGCGGCAAAAUCAUCAGCGCAUGCUAACGGUGACUACGUAAAUAUUGAAUUUCCUUCCAAAGUUAUUAAAACUACGCCGGUAUCACCAGCACGCGAAACGUCAGCGCCAUUUGCAGCUCCACUUAGUCCAGCACAUAGAGCAAACAUACCUGGUUCAAAUUCAAGCAGAGUUCGAACAGGCAAUGGAAGCCCACCUGAGAUGAAACAGAAGAGUCCAACGAAUUCUGACUAUGAGGUUGUGCCCAAGGGAAUGACUCCUUCACCAGUAUCUAGUCCAGGAUAUGAAAUGCCUCCACCUAUGAAGAAAGUCAUUUCGUCUGAUUAUGAGUUUCCUGUGGUUUCUGCAAAGCGCGAAGACAAAAAACCAACAGCACAUGUACCUGAAGGUCUGUUAAUUGAUCUCGGAGAUGAUGUUCCUCCGGUGCCAUCCAAAAGGCAUUCCGUAGGCUCUGUAACUAAGAAUGGUGCAGGUGUCAGAUAUGAAAAUGUUGAAGUCAAACCUUUAAUGCCCAUUGAGGUAAGAUCAUCAAGCUCCCCAAAUGUACUGGACGAUUCAUGGAUUCAUGGUAGCAGUUACUCAAAAACAACUUCCAAGAAUCCACCACAAGGCUUGUGUCCAGAAAAUGUAAAAGAAGGCGUCGACCGAAAGGGUUUCAGUACGGUCCCUAACAGGGUUCACGCUGAUUCUGGACCAAAGCGAUGUCCCCUGAGUGCUGAUUUGUUCCAGGACCCAAGUUCAAGUACCAUUGGCGAUGCAAGCAUUGGUGGAUUUGAGGUGAAGAAUUCACAGUCUGGGCCAUAUUGCUUGCUUGGUUCUACAUCAUCCAAAGCAACGACACCACAGCCUAACCUUGAGCUACAGUAUCAGAAGCAAAAACCAGCUGAUGAGGAUCCGCGCAAAACUCCACAUGCGCAGUCGCAGACACAGCCAAAGAGACAGAGUGAACCACCUAAGACGCGACCAAAAAUGGGGGCUUAUGCCUUGGUAGGGAUACCAGAGACUAAGAGCAAGACCGUAAAACCAACUCCAGUAUUUAUACCUGCCCCGUUCAGCAGUAAUCAUCCCAAAGGAAAUACUGCUAUUCCUGUGCAAAACAAAGGUGGUGGUUCCCCUGUGGAGGUCAAAGAGAAGCCAAUCGCUGAGCCUUCGUAUGAGCUGGUUGGACAUUUGCAGCCGCCAGGAAAGAUGGUUCCUGCUCAUCCAAUGCAGCAACCUAAACUUGAAAAUACGUUGGACGUGAAGAAAGAUGCCAAAAUGAAGCUGCAAGGGUCGCCCCUUUUAAACAGGAGAGACGACCAACAACUCUUUGCUAAGAGUAACAGCGUACCAGACGUUUCCAUCAGACGUCCGCCUGAUGGAGAAGCACAGGCUUCAGAUGACGCGACGAUUGGGCCAGAUCUUUACGCCACAGUUACUUCGAAAAAGAGAGACAGGCCAGACAAAAAGGAUAGUGGACCACCUAGCCUCCGAACUCAGACUUCUUCAGGAAGUUUACAAAGGUCUACGUCUACAUCAAACGAUGGAGACGAUUCCCCUCCGGCCGUCCCUGAGAAGACCAAUGAGGCGUUCCUUGUUCCAGGUGAGGAACCUUACGAAGCUGUGCAGCAGAGUAAUAGAGGAUCUUUAGGGGGCCGAUUCAAGAAGAUGGUUAAAAGUAAUUCAAAGGGCAGUCUACCCAAGCGUCUCUCUGAUCCAACAAUGCACGCAAGUCACAGUGGUAGCGGGACUUCAAAAACCAACAGUUUGGGGAGUUCCACUAUGGUCGUGCCAUGGGAUGAUAUAGGGUACAAGAAGAGAGUGAAAAAGCCCAAAGGUCCCAGAGUAUGCCCAGCGCAGUGGCCAACAUUCGGCUAUCAUGGGUUAUAAUUUAGAACUUCCUUUAUCUUUUGACACAAAAAAAGAGAGAGCAUCACGUUUUGGGUCAAACAACAAUCUUCGUCUUUUUGUUUUUGUUUUUUUUUUCGUUUUUCCUUUAUGAACCUCUUUUAUGAUUGGAUGUACAAAAAUAAUUGGACAAUUCAGGUAAAUGUAUAUCUUUCGGCAGAUAAAAUUGAAAUUAUGUCUCAGUAGAACGAGUUCCUGCGAGAUCAAAGAUAUCCUUAAAGUCAGCAGAAUUCAUUUUUCAACCUAAAUGUGGCUCACUUUUGGGUAAAUGUCAGGAAAAACAUAUUUCUUUCCAAUUUCGAAAUCUGGAAUAGGGUAGAGGGUUGCAUUUUUUUUUUCUGUUUUAAGACACCGGUAGGGGUAAAUGCUCACAUAACUGGACACAUGUUUCACUGCAAACUAUCAUGAGAACUACUCAUCUGCAAUGAGUGGGAGGUCAUGGCUCGCCCAGCUUCCUUUUUGAAUUUUUUUUUUCACUUUCGUUCCCUAUUAUCAAUGUUAAUGUUUCUUGGUGUUUGUGACAACAUAACGGUCUUUACUUUUAUUGAAACAUUGUUUUUUUUUGGGGG